AUGGCCAAAAAGAAGGCACCUUCAAUCCACUCCCGCGCCGCUCGUCGCGCAACAGACAUCGAUAUCGACACCGACAAGUCUUUAAAAGAAGUCAAGCCUCCUCCUCGCGAUGCCCCCCAUCGUCCCUCCGUUCUAGCAGCACACGCUUCGGCCGGUGUCACAAAGAAGGCCAAGCGCGGUCGCAAGGAUAAGAUGUCCGCCAAGGCUCGUGCGCGACAUGAGAAGGGUCUCGAGAUGGCUGCUGCUGUGGCCGAACGCACGCAGAACAAGAUUGAGAAGAGUAAAGGUCGGGGAAGAAAUGUUCAGCAGCGCGCUAAGAACUGGGAGGAUAUCAACAAGGCUGCUGAAGAGGCCGAGAAUGCCCAGGAGAGCGGUGACGAGGAGGUGAAGCAGAACGAGCGAGGUUUCGAAAUGGAUGAGGAGAUGAACGGUGCGGACGAGUCGACUUUGACAGCACCUACAGACAACAGUGUUCCUGCUACGGCUCCUCAAGCGGACGAGGAUGGUGAUGAGAUCUUGUAA